CACGGACACGUGGACUGCUCGCUCAGUCAGUGCUGUGCAGAUUUCACUCAAAAAGCAGCAGUCAUGGCGUCUCAAGAUGAUUCCCCGAGUCUAGCGAGAGUGAAACGCAGCUCUGAAAUUAGUAGAGACGCCAGUCGAAGCCGUUGCCAGAGGUGGUGACGUCAGUCAGAUCAGCAUGGCAGGACCUUCGAUCCAUACCCAUAUGGAUAUCGUGCCAGCCAACUUAGAUCCUCGCAGAAAAAGUGAUCAAAGACACAUAGACUAGGUUUGAAGAGGCAGUCUGGAAAGACCUUAGGAAGUCACGUCAAGAAUUCAAAUGGGAGAAAUAAACCUAAUCCUAACUGACAUCUCAUAUACGCCCUCACAAACCUCCAGAAAUGGUCGUCACCACGCAAUGCACACAGAAGGACUUGGUCCAUCAAAUUUGAGCAAGAUGUACCUCAUGCCAGCCCAGCCCUAUGGGAACAGUGCUGAUCAUAGCUCCAUGGACUACCCCAUUGGUCUACUGCUUGAACCACUUAUUGGAGCUAUUGCUGCUGGUAACGCACUAGCUGCGUGCUAAAGCCAUCUGAAACUGUCGGUGGCAACUGUCUAACUCAUGAGCGAGCUUGUCCUCAAUCUUGACAAGAUCUCUACCAGGUGGUGACCGGAGGAGUGGGUGUGGCUACAGAACUGCUGAGGCAGAGGUUUGACUACAUCUUCUUCACAGGGAGCACGGCAGUCGGGAAGAUUAUCAUGAGAUGUGCCGCGGAGCACCUUACGCCCUGUACCCUGGAACUGGGCGGGAAGAGCCCUGUUCUAGUGGCCGAUGAUGCCAACAUCGAGGUAGCUGCCCGGAGAAUAAUGUGGGGCAAGUGUAUCAAUGCGGGGCAGUCCUGCAUUGCCCCGGAUUACGUCCUGUGUACCGAAGCCAUCAGAGACCAGCUAAUUGAGACCUGCAAGGCCACCCUAACAGAGUUCUAUGGAGAGGAUGUGAAAGGAUCGAAAGAUUUUGGACGAAUCAUUCACAGCUGCCAUUUCCAGCGACUGAAGACUAUGUUGGACGGCGUGAAAGACAAAGUCGUAUCUGGAGGAGAAGCAGAGAGAAGCCGCUUGGCACUGUAUGUGUUCACGGAGGACAAUUCUCUACUGCAGAGAGUCCUCCAUAGUAUCAGUGCCGGUGGAGUGGUUCAUAAUGAUGUAUUGCAACAAUACUCAGUUUCGAGUUUGCCGUUUGGAGGUGUGGGUCACAGUGGGUUCGGAGCCUAUCACGGAAAGGCAUCGUUUGACACAUUCUCUCAUUACAAGCCCGUGCUCUGCACUCCUGCGGCGAGCUACCUGGAGAAUGUUAACAGUAUUCGCUGCCCGCCCUACUCUGAGAGCAAGAUAAAAGAGGUGAACAAACUGCAGCUGCCGCCAGAAGGACUGGGUGGAGGGACUUCGCGAGCUCUCAGGAUCACCAGUCUCGUCCUGCAGGGAAUGGCUGGUCGAAGACAGUCGUAGAUGAACAUUGAAGAAUGAACUGUGCAAUAGUCUUAUAAUUACCACUGUUAGUAAUGCUGCAUCAGCUUUGUAAAACUAUUGUGUCCUAGUAAACUUUCAAACAUUUUUAA